AUGAGAGGAGAAAAUAGUUAAAGUCAGUCGACCUGAAAAUUUGCAGAGAUGAAUGAAAGAGAUGGAUAGAUAGAAAACCAAACUGAUUACAUUUCUAGAGAGAGAAGAUACUUCAUUCAAAGAGAGAGAGGAGAGAUCCGAGUCAAGUAACGAGUUGGGAGGAAGGUUGAGUCGACUCAUGGUGUGGAUGCGAUUCACUGUUUCAAAGAUUAAGAUCGUGACCCGUCGGAUCGGGUAUCUUGAAAUUGACGUUAACCGUUCGAUUUAACCCCCCCCCCUCUCGCUCUUUAAAGUUCCAACUUUUAACUGUCUUUUUAAGUGAAAUUGAAAGAGAAAGAAAGACCUAAUCGAUCGGGUCGGCUUGCUUAUAUUUGUUUGGAUGCUGCUUCUGCUUCCUCAGAUUUCAUCUCUGUGGAAGCUUUAACUCGUCCAAAUGGAAAUAAGGAUAGCAAAAUGGAAGGAUUUUGGGCAAUGGCUAAGACGUUAAAGAUUGCCGAUGUUGUCAGUAGCUUCGAUUUGAUUUCGCAGUAGUUAGUUUUGAAGUUGGAUAGUGAAGCUUAAAAGCCCUAAACUUGGCAGUUUUUGAAACCUUGGGGGAGAAAAAGGAAUCUCUUAAAAGAUAUUAUUUUGGGAAAUUUGAGAUGGAGGUGUUUUGUUAGUUUUUAUGUUUUUAGUAUUAGGGUUAUUAAAGAUGGAGGUAAUCAUAGCUUAGGGAUAGAAACUGAAAGAGUAUAGUACAAUGGAGGAUUUUUCCAAGUAUGCCCAUAGUCCUGCCCAUUUAGCUGUUGCCCGACGAGACCAUGCUGGGCUUAGGCGCAUUAUCUCGACUCUCCCUCGGCUUGCCAAGGCUGGCGAGGUUAAUACUGAAGCUGAAUCUCUUGAGGCUGAGCUCCAGGCUGAUGCUGUCUCAGCUGUCAUAGACCGUCGUGAUGUCCCAGGUAGGGAAACUCCGCUGCAUUUAGCAGUGCGGUUUCGAGAUCCGAUCUUGGCAGAGAUUUUGAUGGCAGCUGGAGCUGACUGGAGUCUUCAGAAUGAGCAUGGAUGGAGUGCUUUGCAAGAAGCGGUAUGCACAAGGGAAGAAGCAAUUGCUAUGAUCAUUGCACGACAUUACCAGCCACUUGCCUGGGCAAAAUGGUGUCGUAGGCUUCCCAGGAUUGUUGCCUCAGCAUCUCGUAUCCGUGACUUCUACAUGGAGAUUACUUUUCAUUUUGAAAGUUCUGUCAUUCCAUUUAUUGGUCGCAUUGCGCCAUCAGACACUUACCGCAUUUGGAAGCGAGGUUCAAAUCUCCGUGCUGAUAUGACACUUGCUGGAUUUGAUGGGUUCCGUAUUCAAAGGUCAGACCAGACAUUUCUGUUUCUAGGGGAAGGCUACACUUCUGAGGAUGAGAAUCUUUCUCUUCCUCCAGGGUCUUUGGUUGUUCUAUCUCACAAGGAAAAAGAAGUUACAAAUGCUCUGGAGGGGGCUGGUCAACAACCAACAGAAUCAGAAGUUGCUCAUGAAGUAGCAUUGAUGUCUCAAACUAACAUGUAUAGGCCUGGUAUCGAUGUUACUCAGGCUGAGCUUGUUCCUCAUUUGAACUGGAGGCGACAAGAGAGAAGUGAGAUGGUUGGGAACUGGAAGGCUAAAGUUUAUGAUAUGCUUCAUGUGACAGUGAGUGUGAAGUCAAGAAGUGUUCCUGGUGCAAUGACUGAUGAAGAGCUUUUUUCUGUGGAUGAUGAAGAAAGGAUGGCAAAAGGUGGUGAUAAUGAUGAGUAUGAUGAUGUAUUAACAGCUGAGGAACGGAUGCAGCUGGAUUCGGCACUUUGUUUGGGAAAUUCAGAUGGUCUUUGUGAUGAUGAUGAGCAUGGUGUCAUUGAGUGCAAAGAAAAUGGUUCGGGAGCUUCCUAUGAAGAUUGUGAAUCAAAUGGUGUUGCUAAGGAUAAGAAGGGUUGGUUUGGCUGGAAUAAGAAAGGUUCAAAGAAUAGUGAUGAUCCUGAGGAUUCAAAGAUUUUGAAGAAGUUCUCAAAAUUGGCCCCUGAAGGUAGCAAUCAGAGACAUGCUGAUAGCCACAAAUCAUCUUCAGAAAUUUCAAAGGAAGAUGCUGUGGAUGGCAAGAAGAGUAAAGAUAAAGGCAGCAAAAAGAAGAAGAAGAAGGGGGCCCCUAGUGAUGCUAAACAUGAGAGUGAGUACAAAAAGGGCUUAAGACCUGUUUUGUGGUUAACACCUGAUUUCCCUUUAAAGACAGAGGAACUCUUGCCUUUACUUGACAUAUUAGCCAACAAGGUCAAGGCUAUAAGAAGACUAAGAGAGCUUUUGACAACUAAACUGCCAUUGGGUACAUUUCCAGUCAAGGUUGCCAUCCCGAUUGUCCCAACUAUUCGGGUCCUUGUCACUUUCACGAAAUUUGAGGAGCUUCAACCUGUGGAGGAAUUCUCAACACCUCUUUCCAGCCCAGCCCAUUUCCAGGAUUCCAAGUCAAAAGAGCCAGAGGGAUCAACAUCAUGGAUUUCAUGGAUGAGAGGGACACGUGGAGGCCAGCCAAGUGAUGGCGAGAGUCAUCGGUAUAAGGAUGAGGUUGAUCCUUUCCACAUACCCUCCCACUAUACUUGGGUCGAUGCCAAUGAGAAAAAACGUCGUAUAAAAGCCAAAAAAGCAAAAAGCAAGAAGCACAAAAGGCAGACAACAGCGGCCAAAGGUGGGGACGGAGGCCAGCAGGUGAAUGAAGAGGUGGAAGAGUAAUUUUACACGGUCCAUUUUAUUUCACCCCUUCAAUGGCAUCUGAUGGAGAAAAAGGUAAGGCACCUCCCUGUACCCAUUCCUGAAUUGCAUUUUGGGAAUUUGAUGUGCAGAAUGAUUAUGAAGAGCCUUGUCUUCUUGUGUUGUUGUAUUGUUAUGUGAUGUGGAAUUGGAGAGGGGCAUGAUCUGCCCAUUUGAUUUCUUUAAAUAGCUUGUUCCAAAUUCUAAAUUUUCUUGGACAUAAAAAAUCUUUGUAUCUAAGUCAUUGAUCAUCAAGUUUUCAUUUA